AUGGCGACGUCUCCAAAACUCACCCACGUCUUCACCCUCAACAUGACCGGUCCCGCUGGGUUUCCGCACAUUGAAACAAAACACUCGGAUCUGUGUGUCGCUCACGUGACGGAAGGCACCCUCGAACUCCCCGACGGCCAAAAAAUCGCCAAGGUGGUCACGGCGUCGGACUGGAUGAGGAUCAAAGGGAACAUCGUGUCGAUCGACGCGCGGGCCAGUGCUCUCUCGGACGACGGUUCGCUGAACAUGGAGUUUGCCUACACCGGAAAGAUGCACGUGACGCCAGACGUCUUCAAGACGUUUUCGGGAGAAGAAAAGUGCGAGGUCGACUUUGGUCAGCUGUACUAUUACACUAUCCCGAGGAUCUUUUCCCGGAGUGAGGAAUAUGCCUGGGUCAACGACACUGUUUUUGUGGGGCAAGGGAAGAUUGGUGUGAAGGAGAUGGGGAAGGUCACUAUCUCGUAUCAGAUAUUCCGUACAAAUCGAGCCAUGCAGACCAACAAUCAGGCGGAGGAGAAGACCGAGGACUUUCAACAUGCCUCCCACGUCGGACACUCUGAUAUGCAGAUCGAACACCUGGAUGCCGACUCUGACACCGACUCCAUGGCAGAGGAAGCCAAAGGAGUCGAGGACUCGGCGGUCCUGGGACGCCACUACUUUCGCCAUUGGCGUCUGGUUGGGUCGAUGGCGGCUAUGGUUCUGAGCUAUGCCGCAGGGUUUUGGGCAUAUGUGAUGCCUUCAUUCUCUCUGAGUGUCAUUCUCGCGGAUCUUGACCCGAGUCCGAAUUCAAUCUGGAUCAUCCUCUCUUUGACAAUUUGCCAGACCGUUUCCUUCACCAUUGUCGGUCGUUUGUCGGACCUGUUUGGUCGUCGUUGGUACCAGAUCAUCUUCGGCACCAUCGCUUUCGUUGGGUACAUCGUCGCCAGUCGAGCAAAGACAGUCAACACGCUGAUUGGGGCUGGCGUUCUCAUGGGAUUUGGAUCAGCCACUCAGACCCAUUGUGCCGCCAUCGGGGCAGAGCUCUUGCCAAACAAAUAUCGCUAUCUGUACUUUGGCGCAGUCGCUUUUCUCUUUGGUCCCCUGUCAGCAAUCGCACCUGGUAUUGCACUGACCUUGGCCACACACACCUCCCAAGGCUGGCGAUCAAUCUACUAUCUCCUGGCCGGCACAACCUUUGCCGCAGUCAUUUUGUUCAUCAUCUGCUAUCAUCCUCCCAAGUUCGAUCAACUGCAUACCCGGCAUACCAAAUGGCAGUUCAUCAAAUCUCUUGAUUACAUCGGCUUGAUCCUCUUCUGCGGUGGAGUGGUACCGUUCCUCUUCGGAAUUUCGUGGGGGGGACAGAGAUAUCCCUGGGAAUCGUACAAGGUCAUUGUACCUAUCGUGGUCGGCGGGGUUGUCAUGAUCGUUUUCGUCCUAUGGGAAUACUUUGGAAAGCCAGCCCUGCCUCUGCUUCCACUUCGCCUGUUCAGGAGCCGCAACUUUAAUUGCCUGCUGGCAUGCUCUUGUUUUGGCUCCAUGGUCUUCUACGCCUUGUGCAUCCUUUACCCACAGCAGCUGGGGUACGUUUUCGGCAGAUCACCAAGUCAGGCUGGUUGGUACAGCUGCACCAUCACGGCCGGCGUGCUAGCUGGACAGGGAAUGGCUGGGUUCACGGUGAAAUUGUUCAAAUACAUAAAGUGGCAGCUUCUCCUGUCAUGCAUUAUCUUCACGGCCUUUGUUGGCGCCAGCGCCGCAGCGAGCUUGACUCUUUCAAUGGCCGCUGUUUUCAGCAUCCUCGUCGGCCUCGGCAUCGGAUACAUGGAAAUCAUCACGAUCAGUGGUGCACCUCUCAUGGUUGACACCAAAGACUUUGGAAUUGCCAUUGGUGCCCUUUUCAGCAUCCGGACAUGCUUCUCCACAAUAUCAGACGCGGUGUAUGUCACAAUCCUCAACACUCAAAUCACCAAGAACUUACCCAAAUACGUCAUUCCCGCCGCCAUGAAGGCCGGCCUAACUCAGAACGCGGCCAUCCAGCUGGUCCAGGACAUCGCUGCUGGCGAUCAAGCGGCGCUCGCCACGAUCCCAGGCAUUACUCCGCAGGUCAUCCAGAGUGCCACCGAUGCUGCUCACACUGCCUUUUUCAAGUCGUUCCAGAUGGUGUACUACUCGUCGAUCGCUUUUUCUUUUUGUGCUGUGAUUGCCGCGCUCUUGGUGGAGGACAAGUUGCUCGAGGAUGCCAUGACUGACAGAGUCGCUCGAAAACUGCAAGGAAUCAAGACUGAGCAGCGCGAAAUCAAGGUCGUCGCGGCCUAA